CAUUUCCAGAUCAAAUUCAAAUAUUUCAACCACCUCUUCUGUCAAUGAUUCUUCUUAUAAGGCUUCUACAAGUUCUAUUAUUGAUAAGCUUUAUAUUGAAGAAGAAAUAAAGAAAUCUAGAGCUUAUAAGAACCUUAUUGAGAGUAAUAUUGAAUUCUUGAUAGGGCAAGUAAAGAAAUUUAUAGUUAAAAGGGCAGAGAAGUUUUUGGCUGAGUCUGAUGAACCAGUUCUUCAGUCAGGUUGCUAUGGCUACACAAAUCUUUUUGUCCUUUUAGAAGGCGGAGACUGUGUGGUUCUGGAACUUAAGUAUAUCAAUUUAGCCAGCUUUAUGAAAGGGAGCACCAGUAAAUUUAUUGAACAAUACAGGGCCAAAGAACUAAAUGAAUUGGAUAAAAGCCUGCAUAACAAAAGCAAAGCAACCUUUUUGGCAAGAUA